UUACCAUGUUGCUUGUUACUAAAGAUUGUAUAGAUAUGAAGGGGAAUCUGGUGUUCUGGAGAAGUAGAAGCCUGAUCUCCACAGGACUGCAAGAUCUCUGCAGAACAUUGAAGCUGUGCAGCAAUCCAUCUUGAGGUCUCCUUAACAAUCUGCUUGCAAGCAUGCAUCAGCUCAUCAGCUUGAUCUGUUAGAUGGAUCCUUCAUGAGGAAUUGAAGUUCCAUCCAUACAAGAUUGUUGUCACCCAGGAACUGAUUUGUUGGGGCUUCGAUGCUCGUGAGACUCGUGAGGAAAGAUGUGCCUCAUCCACAAAAUGGCAUUACACAUUUGUCCAUUCCAUGACUACUGCAAAGAAAAAAAUAAAUUAAUGUGGGUCAUCAUAUAAACAAAACUUUACAGUUUGUGCUUGUGAUUAAGCCCCUCCUUAAAGUUAUUGAAGCAAAUCACAGUUCAGGAAGGCUAAUUCAAAUAAGCAAGUUCCUCUGCCCCACCCAGUAUAAUACAGGUUAGAACUACAAUUUGUAGAGUUUGAUAACCAUGUGAUGAUUUCAAAGCUGUUUCAAUCAUGCUAAAAAGAUUUGGUGCAAUUUUGUUUGUAAAAUUAAUUGUUUCUAUUGAAAAUUGUCAAUUCGGGUGAUGUGGCAAUAUUAUUGGCAUUGAUGAUAGUUCCAAAAUUCAUUCAAUAUCUAUAUGACACUGCUGAUAUCACUUAUACUAUAUGGGUCUGCUCAUACAACUCAAAAGGGAGAGUCUAAAUAAGUCUUUGCUUUACCACUAUGCUCACGAAUUCAGACUCAAAUUGAUUUUAUUUUAAUAUUUUGAAAUUAAUUGACCUUUCAAGAUAUUGUUUCCAUCUCAUUUAUGUUUGAAAACAAGCUUUUGCGAAUCAACAUAGAUACAGAAUUGGAAGAAAGAUAAUUUAUUUCACAAGCCAUAAUGCCAGCUGUAAGUCCUGCAAAAGAUUUUCUUGCUGGAGGAUUUGGUGGCAUGUGCUUGGUGGCUUCUGGUCAUCCUCUGGAUACUAUAAAGGUACGACUUCAAACUCAAAGUAAAACUCAACCACUCUACAAUGGAACUUGGGAUUGUGCAGUCAAAACUGUCAGAGCUGAAGGCUUCACAGGACUAUACAAAGGUAUGGCAGCCCCUCUCAUGGGUGUUACACCUAUGUUUGCUGUAUGCUUCCUUGGCUUUGGCAUUGGCAAGCGUCUUCAACAGAAAAGUCCUGAUGAAAAGUUGACGGCUGUGCAGCUCUUCAAUGCUGGCAUGCUUAGUGGCGUGUUCACCACAGCCAUCAUGGCACCCGGCGAACGGAUUAAGUGCCUUCUACAGGUUCAACAAGCCAGCAGUGGACCCCAGGUCUACAAAGGACCCAUUGAUGUGGUUAAGCAGCUCUAUCGUGCUGGUGGCAUUGCCAGCAUAUACAAGGGGACCUGUGCCACUCUUCUUAGAGAUGUGCCAGCGUCAGGAAUGUACUUCAUGUCAUAUGAGUGGAUCAAGGCGUCUAUGGCUCCUCCUGGGCAAGAGGCACAGCUCAGCCCCCUGAGGACUGUGGUUGCUGGAGGUCUGGCCGGUAUGCUCAACUGGUGCGUGGCCAUCGCGCCUGAUGUGCUCAAGAGCAGACUACAGACCGCUCCUGAAGGCACGUAUCCAAAUGGCAUUCGUUCGGUCUUCAUGGACAUCAUGAAGAAAGAAGGACCUUCAGCUCUGUUCCGCGGUCUCACCCCGGUCAUGAUCAGGGCGUUCCCUGCCAAUGCUGCCUGUUUCCUUGGCUACGAGGUUGCCAUUAAAUUCCUUAACAAAGUGGCUCCCAACCUCUGAUGCCCUGUACAUUUUAGCGAAUUUCUAAUUUUUUCACAGGCCCUAUGAAGGUCAUGAGUCCACCCUUUUUUAAUUCACCUUGUAAAGUCUAUGGCCUUAUUUGCUGUAGUAUUUGAUGACUCUACUUUUCUUGUUGACUCGAAUUCUAACACUGCCUAAUAUGUGUAUCCUAGGUACAAUAUGCUUGGAAUUUUUUGUAACAAUUCUAUGUCAUUUGUUUUAAAUUUUUUCCAAAGUUUUUGUCCUUGUAUUAAUGCAACUUAUUUUUAUAUCAACGUUCAGUAGUUUUGUAUAUUAUCAAAUAAUUCCUGCUUUAAUUGUCACUAAAAUAUGUAAUCCGGUUCUUAUUUAUUGAGUAAAAUAUUUUGGGGCCGAAUUUGCUGCGGCAUUGUUAGUUUCAUUUAUUAGUUUCGGUAGCUCAAUCUGUCUUGUAUAAAAUUUUUUUGCUCAUCCGACCUCAAUCAUUUAUGAGGUCAUUUAGGACAACGUAACCGUAAAAUUUGCAUGAAUAUUGCAAUUAUCAGUCUCUGGACAUAAUGAAACAAUUCUUUUGUGUUUACGUUCGCAGUAAGUACUGUGCCUGCCAUUGCAUUUUUGCAAUACCUGUGCAAGUAUUUUUUAGUCGUUGAUUCUGCAUUUUUAUUAUAAUUUCACCCCCUUGGACGCUGUUGAAACAAUCUUAUUUUAUUCACGUUCGCAGUUCGUACUAUACCUGCCAUUGUGGUGCUAUGCAAUACCAAUGUAAGUUUUUGUAAGUGAAAAUAUUAUUGCAUAUUUUCAGGAUUUCUGUGUAACAGAGGUAACGUUGCAUACAGGGCUACAGUUACACCCGUUUAAGAUCUUUUCAACCAAUGCAGCAAUGCAAUGUGCAAGCGUAGCGUAAUAUUAACUCCGACGUAGUAUAUAUAAUUAGACGUUAAAUUUUGUUGUUGAUUUUACAGGCUGAAUUUUAGUGCAAACUAGUUGAAAUUGCUCUUUAUCAUCAGUAUUGGGCGUGCGACUGCAAGGCUCGCGACCAGUAUAGGUUGAAUGGUUGUGCGUAACUUUCGAGGAAACUAAUAUUUGGUGUAAUUUUAUUGUAUUUUGGUCCACUAGAAGUGGGAAGGAACUUUCAACACAUUUUUUAAUGUAUUUAUUUGGAGCAGAAAUACUACCACAAACAUGACUGAAGAUGAAGUGCAUAAAUAGAAAGGAUAUAUCGUAAAAAGUUUUGUAAACAUGAUUCUAUAUGUAUUUCCAUUAUUGAUUUUCUUUUAAAGCAAAAAAGUCUAAACGUCUCUAUUAAGAUAAAACAAAAAUUGCUGUUACCGUCUUAUCUGAAACUGGUCUGUGAACAUUGAUGCCAUGACUGUUGAACCAUUCUGUUUCUGUCCUCAUCGCAUGUCAUAUAAUCUUGGAUUAGUUAAUAAUGGCUUCCUCCCGUGGAGGAUAAGCAAGCAUCUUGGUGGUCAUGAAACCUUGAAGCGCAUAUCGACAAAAUAAUGGAUGUAUAUAGCAUGUUCCAUUAGAAUGGGCAAUAAUAGAGGGAUGUCAGAAGUCCAAUUAUUGCCUAUAUAUGAGGUCGCUCUUAAGUCAGCGGUUGUUAAAUCAAAAAACACAUGCUACUAAAUAAUAAAAAUAUACUUUGGUUGUGUGUUCAAAAUUUAUUUUCUUAUCUGGUAUUCUCUUGCCUUAACGGCGAUGUUACCUUGUGUUAUAUCACGGAAUACAUUCAAGAAAAUGGCUCCAGAACUCCAGCGUUCUGUUUCACAAAGAUGUAAUAAGUUUAAUUGAAUGGACUUUUUUCAAAUAAUUAAAGAUUGUCUUCGCCACUAUAUCAUAAAUACUGUUGUAGUAAUGAGAAUUUAUCGUUGGCCACAGCUCCUAUGGUUUUAUCACGGGCAUGCUGGACGGAAGUUCCAAUUAUAACACGUUGGGUGACCGUUAUGUUGUAAAAUUGUGGGAUUUAUUUUCUUUGACGUCAAAUUCAUGCUCAUAAUCACUUUUAUGUUCGGUGCAAUAUCACUAAAAGAAUUUUGUUGAAUUUUUUGAGAUUCUCCUUUUCUUUAUCAAGUAUUGUCAGCUAUGAUUUAUUUUAUUUCUGUAAUGGGCUCAUAUCUUAUAAAGGAAUGUUAAAUUUUA